AUGAACCGGCAAAUUAUCGCUCGCGAGAGUAUGAUCAAUAGCACGGUCAAAUACUUGCUGAUCUUGUUCGGCAUCUGGCCAGAUAUAUCGUACGUAGUGUUAUGCAGAGUGUACUGGAGCAUGUCAUUAACGAUUAUCCUAGUUUGGCAAUACCAAUAUCUUCUUGUGCAUUUUUAUACCAAUGAUUUAUUCGACUUGAUGGAUUGGUUUAGCACCUUUAUAGGAUUUAUGAAAUUAUUCUUCAAGAUCGUCGUCUUUUGGUGGAACCAACGAAUAUUCAAUCGAAUUUUGAAAAUCAUGGCGGAAGAUUGGAAGAAUUGCGCGAACAGUGAUAUCGAAAUGAGCAAAGCAGUUAACAACGCAAAGAUAUCGGAUUACAUUGCCAAUGCGAUGAUCAGUCUGCACACGCUCGCUGUGCUCUUUUAUGGCAUCGGAAUAAUGCUAGAUGAUGUUGAUCUUACUGAUCCCACGAUCGAGAUACCUCACAUAUACAAAAUAGAAUUUCCAUUUAACAUAAAGACACAAAGCACGUAUAAAUUCGUGUUAUUCACGGAAAUGAUACAGCUCAUCAUAAGUAGUUGGGUAAUGGGUAUUAUAAACACAAUGCUCUUGAUAUUGACCAUACACAUAGGCGGUCAAAUAGAUAUAUUAUGUUGCUGGUUGACGGAACUAGUGUCUGUAGAGGAUACAAACAAUAAUAGAACUAAAAUGAUGGAAAAAAUCAUUCAAAAACAUCAAAAAAUCAUAUAUUUCACGGAAAAUAUCGAAAAUUUAUAUACAUUUAUUGCGUUGAUGCAAUUUGCAACGAACGUGCUAAUGAUUUGCCUAUUAGGAUUUUUAAUUAUAACUGCACUCGGUAAUCCCGAUGCGACAGGGAAGAUAAUGAGAUCACUUUCGCUUUACAGCGUGACAAAUGUAGAAACGUUUAUAUUCUGCUAUGCCGGGGAAUAUCUAAUUAACAAGAGCAAAGCGAUCGGAUAUGCUGCGUACGAUACCGCCUGGUAUGACAUGGAACCCAAGCAAUGUCGCAUUCUUUUGUUUAUUAUUUUAAGAUCGCAGAAGCAAUUAACACUCACGAUCGGGAAGUUGAUGGACCUCUCGUUACAACGUUUUGCGAGUGUAACGAAUACAAGGGUUUUAAUGAAAAAUAUUAAAGUUAUCGCUCGUAAGAGCACAAUCAAUUGCAUGGUGAAAUAUUUGCUCAUCUUGUACGGUAUAUGGCCAAAUACAUUGUGUGCCUUGUCCUGCAAAGUGUUCUGGAGCGUCUCAUUAGCAAUUAUCCAAGUUUAUCAUUGCCGAUAUCUUCUUGUACAUUUUUAUAGCAAUGAUGUGUUCGACUUGAUGGAUUGUUUUAGCACCUUUAUAGGAUUUAUAAAACUAUUCUUCAAGAUCAUCGUCUUUUGGUGGAAACAAGAAAUAUUCAAUCGAAUUUUGAAAAGUAUGACGGAGGAUUGGAAGGAUUGCGCGAACAAUGAUAUCGAAAUGAGAAAAGCAAUUAGCAACGCCAAUUUAUCGCAUUAUAUUGCCAACGCAAUCAUCGGUCUACACACAGUCGCUGUGCUCUUUUAUGGCAUUGGUAUAAUUCUAAACAAUGUCGAUCUUACUGAUACCACGAUCCAGAUACCCCACAUAUACAAAAUAGAAUUUCCGUUUAAUAUCCAGACACAAAGCACGUAUAAAUUCGUGUUAAUCACGGAACUGAUACAGCUCACCAUGAGCAGCUGGGGAAUGGGAGUAAUAAACGCUUUGCUCUUAGUAUUGGCGCUCGAUAAUCCUAAUGCGAUGGAGAAGAUAAUGAGAUCACUUUCGUAUUACAGCGUGACAAAUCUAGAAGCGUUUAUAUUCUGCUAUGCAGGAGAAUACCUGAUCAACAAGAGCAAAGCGAUCGGAAACGCCGCGUAUGAUACCUCCUGGUACAGCAUGGAACCCAAACAUUGUCGUAUUCUUUUAUUUAUUAUUUUAAGAUCGCAGAAGCAAUUAACACUAACGAUCGGGAAAAUGAUGAACCUCUCGUUGCAACAAUUUGCAAAUGCGCUCGAUAAUCCUAAUGCAAUGGAGAAGAUAAUGAGAUCACUUUUGUAUUUCAGCGUAACAAAUUUGGAAGCAUUUAUAUUCUGCUAUGCUGGAGAAUACCUGAUCAACAAGAGCAAAGCGAUCGGAAACGCUGCGUACGAUACCUCCUGGUACAACAUGGAACUCAAGCAGUGUCGUAUUAUUUUAUUUAUUAUUUUAAGAUCGCAGAAACAAUUAAUACUAACAACCGGGAAAAUGAUGAACCUCUCGUUGCAACAAUUUGUAAAUAUCAUGAGUUCUGCGGGCUCGUACAUCUCGGUAUUAUUGGCGAUGCAGUAA